AUGGCGAAUCCCGAUUUGACACCAGAGAAGGGACUGGAAAGUGACAACAGCUCCCAAAAUUCAAAGUUGGUAGAAAUCGCCGUUAAGGAAGCCCCGAACGAAGAUGCGACAGCCAAAGAGUAUCUGGGCGAUCCAGAAAGCAAGUAUCCGAGCGGAUUUCGCUUCACCAUGGUCAUUGCGGCUCUGGUUCUCACGACCUUCUUAGUCGCACUGGACAAUACCAUUAUCGCCACCGCGAUCCCGAAAAUCACCGAUGAGUUCCAAGGAAUUGACAAGGUGUCAUGGUACGGCUCAGCAUUUUUCAUGACUUUUGGUGGAUUUCAAUCCACAUGGGGCAAGUUCUUCAAGUAUUUUCCUCUAAAGACAUACUAUAUUGUUGCCAUAGCAAUAUUCGAAAUCGGCAGUUUAGUUUGUGCAGUUGCCAAGGGACCUGACACCUUCAUUGUCGGUCGCGCCAUUGCAGGCUUCGGCGGGGCUGGCAUGGCAACUGGCGCAUUUACCGUUAUCGGUUUCGGCGCUGAGCCCAAGAAACGACCGCAACUGUUGGCCAUUAUGGGAGCUACCUGGGGUGUCUCUGUAGUCUUAGGGCCGCUUCUGGGUGGUGUUUUCACGGACAAGGUUAGCUGGCGGUGGUGUUUCUACAUUAACUUGCCAAUUGGCGGCGUGGUCGCCACAGUCCUGCUACUCUUCUUCCAAACACCGCCUGAUGCAAAGCCAGCCCCGGCAAGUUGGAAGGAAAAAUUCCUGCAGUUGGACCUUGUGGGUGCUGUUCUCGUCAUGGGCCUGAUUGUUUGCUUCAACCUCGCGCUUCAGUACGGCGGCCAGACCAGGCCUUGGAAGAGCAGCGUAGUCAUCGGCCUCCUCGUGGGGGCUGUUCUCCUCGGGGUUGUCUGUUUCAUCUGGGAAAUAUAUCAGGACGAGCGCGCCAUGAUAGUUCCACGACUGUUUCGGCUUGCCUCGGUCGGCUUGGGUUCCAUCUACCAAUUCUUCCUUGCCGGCUCAUACUUCACCAUCUUAUAUUAUCUACCAAUCUAUUUUCAAAGCGUCUUCAACGCCAGCCCCAUCGGAUCUGGCGUCCGCAAUCUCCCCCUUAUCAUUACACUUACGAUAGCAGCCAUCCUCCAAGGUCCCCUUUUAGUCAAACUCGGCUACCCUACACCGAUAUUGCUCGGUGGCGCCGCAAUUGCGGCUGCCGGCUCUGCCUUGUUCUACACAAUGGAUAUCAACACUUCCACUGGCAAAUGGAUUGGCUAUCAAAUAAUAAGUGGUGCUGCCAUUGGAGGGACAUUCCAAACCACAAUGGGGAUGGUUCAAGUUAACGCUAAGCCCGAGGACAUCUCGUCGUCUAGUGCUAUUAUGUUGUUUUUUCAGACGAUCGGCGGCUCACUUUGCCUCUCUGCUGCUCAGGCCGCCUUCAACAACAGGCUGUUAAACAAACUGGCAACUACGGCUCCUGGUAUUGACCCCGCGACAGUCCUCUUAGUCGGCGCCACAGAAAUUCGAUCCGCUUUUGACUCGUCUGAAAUCUCUGCAGUAGUCGAGGCAUACAUGUCAGGACUAAAAUCCGUUUUUGCUAUCACAAUUGGCGCAUUUGGGGUUUGCUGCGUGCUUAGCCUAUGCAUGGGCUGGAAGAAGCUCGACGCUGUGGAUUCGAAGAAAGUCAAAGGUGGUCCAUGA